AUGUCAGAGAUCAAGGAAGAGAUAGUGAAGCGCAAAGCUGAGGAGGAUUUACCCUCCCCUGCAGCCCCGAAGCGCGCCAAGCACAGCGACUCCGAAGAGCCCCAAGACGACGAUCAAUUAGAUGCAUCCAUAAGCGCACCAGCUGGCGACGACGCUGGGGCCGACGAUGGAGUUGAAGACGGUGUGGAUGACAAGGACGAUAAAGACGAUGAUGGAGAUGGAGACAAUGACGAUGAAGACAAGGACGAGGAGAAGGAUGAAGACCCAAAUAUCAAGUCAGAGGACGGCGUCGACUCAAAGACGGAAGACUCGUCAGCUCCUGCGCUGAAACGCAUUCCGUUCCCCGACAAGCCAGGCGUUAUUGAAGAGCGAAACGGCGAAAUAGAAUUUCGAGUAGUCAACAACGACGGAGGGCGCGAAUCACUGAUCGUUCUGACCGGUCUCAAGUGUUUGUUCCAGAAGCAGUUGCCUAAGAUGCCCAAGGACUACAUUGCGCGACUAGUCUACGAUCGAACUCACUUGUCGAUAGCAAUCGUCAAGAAGCCACUCGAGGUAGUAGGCGGUGUCACAUUCCGUCCGUUCAAGGGCCGUCGAUUUGCGGAAAUCGUCUUCUUCGCCAUCAGCACAGAUCAGCAGGUCAAGGGUUAUGGUGCGCAUCUCAUGUGUCACUUGAAGGACUACGUCAAAGCCACCAGCGAUGUGAUGUACUUUCUAACGUACGCCGACAACUACGCCAUUGGCUACUUUAAAAAGCAAGGCUUUACAAAGGAGAUUACGCUCGACCGGAGCGUCUGGAUGGGCUACAUCAAAGACUACGAAGGCGGCACCAUUAUGCAGUGCUCAAUGCUCCCGCGCAUCCGGUAUUUGGAAGUCGGACGCCUGCUGCUCAAGCAAAAGGAGUGCGUCCAGGCCAAGAUUCGAGCCUACUCCAAGUCGCACAACGUGCACCCCCCACCCAAGGAGUGGCGGCACGGCAUCAAGGAGAUCAACCCGCUCGACAUUCCCGCCAUCCGCGCCUCGGGCUGGUCACCGGAUAUGGACGAGCUCGCGCGCCAGCCGCGGCACGGCCCCAACUACAACCAGCUGCUGCACCUGCUCAACGACCUGCAGAACCACAACUCGGCGUGGCCCUUUUUGGUGCCCGUCAACCGCGACGACGUGGCCGACUACUACGACGUGAUCAAGGAGCCCAUGGACUUUAGCACCAUGGAAAGCAAGCUCGAGGCGGACCAGUACCCGACGCCCGAAGAGUUUAUCAAAGACGCGACGCUCGUAUUUGGCAACUGCCGAAAGUACAACAAUGAGAGCACGCCGUACGCCAAGUCGGCCACCAAGCUGGAAAAGUUCAUGUGGCAGCAGCUCAAGGCCGUGCCUGAGUGGUCGCAUCUGGAGCCGGAAAAGUAA